AUGGAAAAGCGUGAGCAGCUGUUGGAGGAGUACAAGGGCUUGCAGGCCAACCUGGAGGAGGCCCUCGAGCUGAAGCAGAGCAACCAGGCUGAUGAUGAGGUAGAUGCAUUGACUGAAGAGAUCAAGAACGAGCUACGCGCUGUCGUUCUAUCUCUCAACGCUAUGGAAACGAUUGAGGUUACGCAGGGACUAACACUGACAAGCGGAGAAAAUUCUAAACCUGUCAUCUGCUACCUAGAGGCCGCGCCGUACGAGGUGCAUUUCGACGAUGUGGCGUGGUACAGCUGUGUCAUCACGGGCAUCGUGACGCCUGAGACACCGCUGGACCGCAUUCGCUACAAGGCGUGGAUUUUGGGCUACAACGUUGAGGAGGUGGUAUGUAGUGAACAACUGCGUCCAUGGCAGCCUCAGACCGCUGAUGGAGAGGGCGCGCUCCGCUCUGGCGUAGUGUGUCACGCGAUUGAUCCCCAAUCGGGGACGUUUCAUUUGGCAAAGGUGGAACGUCUCACUCUUGACAACACUGUCAUUGUGGCAUUUGACAGUGUUGGAGAUGAGGGUGAGGCGGCGGCUGCUGCUGAGGGAAAUGCUACUCUCACCGUCAACAAGGAGGUGCCUCUGUCACAUGUGCGUGUUGGCCGCUUUUACUACGAGCUCCGCAAACGGCCAGUGCUGACGCCGGAGGAACGGGCCAAGCGGCGGGCGGAGAACUUAGAACGAAAACAGCUGCGGAUGCAGGAGAAGCGCCAGUUGGAGGCUGAUGUGGCAGCACAGAACGCGAAUGAUUGGCAAAGGCUUGUGGACGACAUGGGAAUGGGAAGUGGCCCCAGAAAACGAAAACGCUGA